UAUCAGUCUGGAGAUCCCCAAAGGCGGACUUGUUGCUGUGGUUGGCAUGGUUGGGUCAGGGAAGUCCUCACUUCUGUCGGCCAUGUUGGGUGAGAUGAAAAAACUAGGUGGAAAUGUCGCUAUACAGAGCAACACAGCUUAUGUCUCACAGGAAGCUUGGAUCCAGAAUGCAUCUCUCCAGGACAACAUACUGUUUGGUUCCAAGUUCAAAUCCCAGAAGUACAAACAGGUGGUCAAAGCUUGUGCCUUGGAUGAUGACUUCAAAAGGUUGGCGGCAGGUGAUAGGACAGAGAUCGGAGAAAAGGGCGUAAAUCUGUCAGGUGGUCAGAAACAGCGAGUCUCCCUGGCCAGGGCAGUCUACAGUGAGGCUGACCUCUACUUACUGGAUGACCCCCUCAGUGCUGUGGAUGCUCAUGUUGGCAAGCACAUAUUUCACCAAGUUAUUGGCCGCAGUGGAAUGUUAAAGGGCAAGACAAGAAUACUUGUGACUCAUGGAGUCCACUGGCUGCCCUUUGUUGACCACAUCGUUGUGAUGAAGGAUGGAAUGAUCUCCGAAUGUGGCACCUACAGACGGCUGGUAUCUCAUAAUGGAGAUUUU